CAAUGCAGUGUGGUCUUGGGACCUGGGUGGCAGCUGUCACCUCUGAACAGGUCUUUGGAGUACACAACCCUGGGAUCUCAGCUUGGCCUGGUGCAAGAGUUAGUCCUGUAGGCCAUUAGGCUAGGAAGGGAGUCUGUGGCUUAGGAUAGGGGUCAGUUUGUAAUCAGGGUUAGGCCAGCCAUAUUUGUAUUGUUUUACCUCUGGGAGUCCCUACACCUGGGGAGAAGGAAAAAACAUGCAUUGAGCUACUUAUAUGCCAGGUUCAUUCCACAUAUUCUCUCCUGCACCAUAACUGAAGCGCAGUGGUGGCGUGAGCACGCAGCCUGCAAGCUGUGGAGGAUUUAAAGAUCGGCUUGUCUAAAGUCACAACUCUUGCCCUUUCAAUCCCUGCUGUAUCUCCUGAGCCGAGGUUCCCGAGGCAGGUGGUUUCUCUGAAGGCCAUGGAAUCCUCUGCAGGGCCCGGGAUGCCUUUGCCCAAAUACUGCAGUGUGGUCGCAACCCUGAAGUCCCCGUCCUGGGCUGGUGCUGCUCCUUGCUGGGACUUCUUCACCUGCCCCUUUGCUGUCCAGGUACCCUGGCUCAGCCGGCACAUCCCCCUCACCAGAUAUGCCUCUUACCACCCAUGUCUCCACAUUGCUGACUCAGCAUGGCAGGGGCCUGGCUGGUUGGGAAGAGUUGGAGAUGCUGCUGACACUUGGGUCCUGGCAAGAAGGGGACCAGAUGGCUUUUAUUACUGGGCUCAGAUAAAGGCUGCUCCAGAGCUGGAGAGACAGGGGGCCCUGCUUGUGGAAUUUGAGGUUCCCAUCAUCACAGACCCAAAGCUGCCAGCCCAGCGGCAGAGCGUGGUCUUAGAAGAAGAUGUCAUUUGGUUCUUGCCAUGCGUAGAAUACUCACCGCAGCUGGGGGACAAGGUGCUUGCACCCUGGGGGCCAGACCAGCAGGGGUAUGGCCCUGGCAUGAUUCUCUCGGGCUUGGAGGCGAGAGACCCCCUGAGAGCAUCAAAAGGAGGAGGAAUUACUGUUCGCUUCUGGAAUGGCAGGACAACUACUGUGCCUCUGGGCCGGGUCAGGUGGGUGCCCCCAGCUGUGUGGAAGAAGGCUGUGGAGAGGCUGCACAAGCCUUUAACCAGGCAGUACCCCAGUCCCCUCCUCUGGGCCCCUUGCUGCUCUCUGCUGGGACCGGUCGCUGGAUGUGUCAUCAGUGGGCUCUCUCCGGCCACUCUGUUCUUGUGCCCGCCCUGCCUCCCCCACACCUGCUGCCAGCUGCUGUGCCAGACCUGCCUCUGCUGCUAUCCCUGGGCAGGACCCACCUGGUGGCCUCUAGCCAGGACCUCAGAGGCCACAGCCAGAGAACAUCCAGAGGUGGAAGUGAAGCCCACAGCACAACUUUUGCCACUAGAGGGUCCUGAAGAAGAGGAAGUAGUAGCAGUGCAAGCUCCCAUUAGUGUUUCCUCCUCUUCUUCCUCCUCCUCUUCUGAGGAAGAGGAUUUGAAGGAUGAUCUGGAGAUGGGGCUCCCGCAGAGACUGGCAGUGGACAGCACAGUCAACAUGGACCCCAUCCUUCUUGAGAAGUCUCCGAGGAGGCAGGGUGGCCUCUGCCAGCCCGAGUGGAGGUAUUGGAGGAGAAUCAGGUAUGAGCCCAGUCCUGGGAAGCCAGGAACAAGACAUGGCAACAUCUGGAAAGAAGAGAGGGACGGCAAACAACAGAGGGUACGAACCCUAGUGGUGGGGAGAACCCAGGGGCUGGUCCUGGAAGCGAGCAGCAUGAAGCCACCGCAGAGCCUGCCAGAGGAAGCAGAACGCAGAAAACGGAGUCAGGGAAGCUAAAACAGUAGGGGUGGCAAAUACCCUAGGAGGCAUUACAAAGUGGCUGACAAGUCCUC